AACGCGGCGUUCAGCAGAUACACACCGGAAGAAGUAGUUCUGACCCGGAAGCUGAUUCUACAUCCGGGUCAAGAUUUAAGAGACUCUUCAGCUUCGUUCUUCUGUAGCGGGUCGGCAUGUCGGACGAGGAAGACUCUGCUCCGGCCAUGAAGAAGAGCCGGUUCUACGGCAGCCUGGAGGAGAAGGAGCGUCAGCGCAUCACCAUGGAGAUGGCCAGUAGCGCUGCCGCAGGAAGUGAUGCGCUGAAGGCGGGCAUCAGAGCAGGAAACAUCAACAUCUCAUCAGGAGAGACCAUGGAGAUGGAGGAGCGUGUAAGCGAGCGCCAGCUGGAGGCGCUGGCCGAGUUUGAGCGGCGGCGAGCGCGACAGAUCACCGUCUCCACCGACGAUGCCGAGGUGAAGGCCGGCCUGCGGGCGCUGGGAGAGCCAAUCACGCUGUUUGGAGAGGGGCCAGCCGACCGCCGAGAGAGGCUGCGCAGCGUUCUGUCUGUUGUGGGUCCAGACGCCCUGAAGAGAUCCAGGAAGGACGAAGAGAGAGCCAAGAGGUCACGGGACGAGUGUCUGCAGACGUGGUACCACGAAGGCCCCGCCUCCCUGAAGGAAGCUCGCCUCUGGUUGGCCAGAUAUUCUCUGCCACGGGCGAUGAGGCGUCUGGAAGCUGCACGGGCUUUGAAGGAGGUUUCCGAUGCGACGAAGACGAUCCGCCAGCAGGAGCUGCACAAGUCGCUGAGGAAUCUGAACAACUUCUGCAGUCAGAUUGGAGACGAUCGGCCAAUCAGUUUCUGCCACUUCAGUCCGGACUCCAAGAUGCUCGUCACGGCGUCCUGGAGUGGCCUGUGCAAGCUGUGGUCGGUCCCGGACUGCGCCCUGAUCCGGACCCUGAGAGGACACAACACCAACGUGGGCGCCGUGGCGUUCCGCCCGCAAGGCGUCUCUCUGGACCAGUCAGACGUCAGCCUGGCGUCCUGCGCCGCCGACGGGACGGUGAAGCUGUGGAACCUGGAGAGUGACGAGCCAGUGGCGGACAUUGAGGGUCACAGUGAUCGGGUUUCCAGAGUUUCCUGGCAUCCGUCUGGAAGAUUCCUGGGAACCACCUGCUACGACCGCUCCUGGCGUCUCUGGGAUCUGGAGCUGCAGGAGGAAAUCCUCCACCAGGAAGGUCACAGCAAAGGAGUUCAUGACAUCAGCUUCCAUCCUGAUGGCUCCUUGGCCGCUACAGGAGGGCUCGAUGCCUUCGGCAGGGUGUGGGACCUGAGGACGGGGCGCUGCGUGGUUUUUCUGGAGGGGCACCUGAAGGAGAUCUACAGCGUUCACUUCAGUCCUAACGGCCAUCACCUGGCCACAGGAAGUGGUGACAACACCUGUAAGGUGUGGGAGCUGCGCAACAGGAAGUGCCUGUACACAGUCCCCGCCCACCAGAACCUGCUGUCCGCUGUCCGAUUCCAACCCACUGACGGUCAUUUCCUGUUGACCGGAGCUUACGACAACACAGCGAAGAUUUGGAGCCACCCGGGCUGGAUGCCGCUGAAGACGUUAGCUGGACACGAGGGGAAGGUGAUGGGCGUGGAUGUGUCACCUGACGGCAAGCUGAUCGCCACCUGCUCCUAUGACCGAACCUUCAAACUCUGGCUGUCAGAGUGAUGUCAUCAGUGACACUUUUUGUUUUUUCUAAUAAAGAUUUUGAAACAUGA